UACAAAUUAUGCAGCGCCGCAGUUGUCAUUCACUUUAGCGUGCCUGAAACAGUGUGAUAAAAUCAUGUUGACCCCACCGAAGGAGGGGAUGCCCAGUAUGAUAGACAGUGCGCUGAGGAUGAGGAGAGAGGAGCAGGCUCGGCAGGUGGUCCUCGCCUGGGCUGUGCUCAACGUGUCCCUAGCUGGCAUGAUUUACACUGAAAUGUCAGGGAAAUUGCUGAGCCGGUACUAUAACAUCACCUACUGGCCUAUCUGGUACAUUGAACUGGUGCUAGCUUCUCUCUUUAGCCUCAAUGCUCUUUUUGACUUCUGGAAAUAUUUCAAAUACACCAUGGCUCCAUCCACCAUUGCUGUAUCCCCCGAGCAGCAUCUCCUCCUGGGGCUGAGGAACACAAGUAUUCAGGCCUCUCCGCCCCAGAAGCCAGAGAAAAAGGAGACCCCAGCUCCAGCCCAGUCAUCUCCCCUGCAGGGCCAGAGCGUGCUGAGUUUCAGCCCCUCUCGACCAGCAACCACCAGCCCCAAGUUCUCCCCCAGCUGUGUACCAGGUUACAGCCCUCCUCUCAGCAACCCACCCACCCCAAACAGUGCAGGGGGGCCCUUUUCCCCCUCAGUGGCUUUUGGAAAGGUGUUGAACUACAGUCCCUCCCCUGGUUCCUCUCCCUACCCCAGCAGCAUUGGGCCAGCAGAAGGCUCCAGCCUGAGGGCUCGAUACCGCACUUCACCCUCAGUGUUUAACUCCCCGGGAAGCAAGGAGGACUACAUGGAGGAUCUGAAAAGCCUGGAGAGGUUCCUCCGCACGGAAGAGGAGAAGAGUCACCGUAGCCAACUGGGGAGUCCAGAGUCUGUGUCUCCGAGCCACAGUCCAACAUUUUGGAACUACAACCGCUCUGUGGGGGAUUAUGCUCAGAGCUUGAGAAAAUUCCUGUACCAGCCAGCCUGCCGCUCUCAAGCUCCGUCUGCUCACAAGGACGAGACGGACCUGGGUUCCAAACAGGCUGCAGAGGAGGUGUGGGCCAGAAUCACAACCAGUCGCCCUGUAGUGGACCGCAUCGAUACCUGGACAGCCAAGCUUAGGAAUUGGAUAAGUGACACCAUCUUGGUCCCCUUGGUCAAGGAAAUAGACUCGGUCAACAGCCAGCUCAGGAGGAUGGGCUGCCCUGAACUCCAGAUAGGAGAGGCCAGUAUAAGCAGCCUAAAGCAGGCAGCGGUGAUGAAAGCCUCAUCCAUCCCCACCAUGAACUCUAUUGUCCAAUACCUGGACAUCACACCCAACCAGGAAUAUCUAGUGGACCGCAUGAAAGAGUUGGCUCACAGCGGCUGCAUGAGCUCCUUCCGCUGGAACAGGGGUGGUGAUCUGAAGAACAGGAAAUGGGACACAGACCUCCCCACUGAUUGUGCUAUCCUCAUGCAUAUGUUUUGCACAUACUUGGACUCCAGACUGCCCCCACACCCAAAGUACCCAGAUGGGAAGACUUUCACAGCGCAGCACUUCAGCCACACCCCAGACAAACCUGAUGUAACCAAGGAGAACCUCUUCUGCAUCCACCAAAGCAGCACCACCCCCCCUCACUACCAGCUCAUCUACCAGGGACACAUCUACAGUCUACCUAAGGGCAGAAACAACCUGUUCCACACGAUCCUCAUGUUUCUUUAUGUCAUUAAGACUAAGGAGUCAGGGAUGCUGGGGAGAGUAAAUCUUGGCCUCUCUGGUGUGAACAUCCUGUGGAUAUUUGAAGACUAAUAUGUUGUAAUUUUCAAACAACAAAAAGCUACAUGUGGAUGAUUUUUUUUUCUCCUCGAUGCUGUCUACGCUGGUUGGAAUAUCUCCUGAAAUUAAAUACUGCUCUUUAAGGAGCAUAUGAGACUUUGAAAUUUACAAUAAAUGCACAUUUUUGGACAUUUUGCCGGUUUUAGUCUACAAAUUGGCAGCAUGCUGUAUUUUCAUUGACAUUUUAAGAAAACAUUUCUGUUGACACCACAAUGUGCUUACGAUCUAAUGCAGAGCUGUAUUUUUUAACAGUGUUUGAUUUAUUGAUUUUUUGUAUUUUGAGAAUGUACCAGCAUGGCAGCCUUGUAAAUAAUAUACCUCACAAUUGGUGGAUGGCAAAGGGCUCAGACCCAUUCAGCUUGAAUGUAAAUACAGUAUGUGUGGACUUGACGUGUUUCUUCAGCAUCAGUAAUCAGUUUGUAUACAGUUUAUAUUUGUUUUUUUUCCUGUUCUGUUGUAGAAUGAAUGUCUGCAGAAAUAGGGAUACUCCUGGCAUGUGCUUGAAUUUAUCUGCAAAAAAACGGUGCAAAAAGCAGCAAUACUCAAAUAAGAGAAAUAUUGGAGUAUUCUGUAGUUACUAACUUUUCCAUACUACUAGGCUGCAGUGCUGCACAUACAUACACUGUUAAUUCUUUGAAUAUGUAAUGGAGAACAAAUGAAAAGCCUUUGAAUCACCAAAGUCUUUUCUCAGGAUAUAAUGUCUUCUACAAAAGAGUUCUGAAUGCCAUUUAUCUUCCCUUAAUCCAGCCAUUCAUUAAAUUUCAAACUUUC